AUGGAGGUGAUUUUUCCAACUGUGGUGCUUUCGAAGUUGAACCUGGCUAUGGAUGAACAGAAAGAGAAAAUUACCAAAAAAAUAAUUCUUUCAAUAACAGCGAAGGAACACCAUAAGGUACAAGAAGAAGUGAGCAGGCUGAUUGAUGAAUUGCAGACAGCUAUCAAAAGCAACAGAGGUCAUCUCUCAAAACUUGGCCCCCAAUUACAGGCUGAGCAGGAGCAAUUCUCCUCUUAUGUCUACCAACACAUUAAAAGCCUUCCAGCAAACACUCUUAUCCCGGGAGGCCUGCAGCUCAAGAUAUUUGAAAAUGGUAAAGACACUGGAGAGAUCUCUGUUUGUAUCAGCAAAAAAGACCUGGAGUCUAGUAGCCCAACACAAACUGGUGAUAUGAUGGAAAAACUACUUCUCAAGAUCCAUCAGAGGCUUCAAGGAUCUCCCACCAACCCACUAGGCCUCAAUUUUUCUUCAAUCCGGCUUUUUAAUGAGCAUGGUCAAGAAAUUAAGAAUCCACUUUUGCUGAAGAAUGAACAAAAAAUUUGGGUCUCUUACGGUAAAGCAUACAGAUCUCCACUAAGCCCUGUUUUGAGUCUGACCUUUGACCAGGUGACUGCAUUUGACAGAGAUGGCAUUACAGUUGCAUAUAAAACCUUCUUGGAUCCUAAUGCUGUUCUGCUACCUGGAUGUGACAAUUGGGAAGUUUGUGAAGGAUUCCCAGUUAAUUUCAAUGGUACCAGUCAACAGAUACCUGAUCAAUUUGAAAAGGUGGACUUGGAGAACCAUUUCCUACAGAACAAGGCGGAUCCCAAUAUUGUCCUUCAUGCCUCUGUUUCCAUCAGAAAGUGGAGCUCCUCAAGCAGGGAAGUAAGCAGUGGAAGUCAGAUGGCUCCAUCAACCCUGUGGCCUGCAGCUAGUGUUUGGCUGAUCACGAAGACUGGAAUGAUCCUGAGCCGGGCGAUAACACAGGGCUGCCUGGCUAUUGGUCACCCAAUCACAGUCAAGCCUGCCGAGGGAACAUCACUAGAAGGGUACAAAUUAAUCCUACAGAAAAGACAUAAAGGAGAUAAUUCUCAGAAGUGGGUGUUUGGAACUGACAGCUGCAUUUAUUCUAAGGCUUAUCCUCAGUUUGUUCUGACCUACCUGGAGGAACUAAAUGCACAAGUGGAUGUGACCCAGACAGAGUAUCACAUUCACCAUGGUGCCCGGACUAAAGCUCAUCAUGGUAGCAGCUUAGCAGAAGAGGUUCUGGAAAAAAGUGCCAGCAUCCCUGGUCUGAAGCAACUGCCAGAGCCUUCAAACACCCAUUUAAUGCCAGAAGGUUCUCUUGGGGAGACAAGGCAGCUGACGGUGGCACUGGUGAGGAAACUGGAAGAGAAACAUCCUAAGGCUUCUGCUCAGAGGUGGGCCAUAAAACAUGAAGGGACUAAUAAACCGGGCCAGUGGAAACAUUCCAGAGUUGAAAAUCCUCUCUGGAACAAGCUUACCUACAUGUGGCCAGUUCUUCCCAGUGGCCAACUUAAUAAGGAGUUUGAUUGGCCAAUAGAAGGAUUGCUGAUUCCAAACAGUCCUCCCAUGAAGAAAUCCAUCUGUAAGACCCCAGGGCCACCUGUCCCUGUGAGGCUGAGAGUUUUGCGGAAUGGAGACAAGAAUAAAAACAGAGCCAUUGUUCUAAUCAGUCCAGAUGUCUCACCUGGACGGAAAAUUCUGUGCACCGAAAUUUUAAAUUUACCCUCUGCAGCUCGGAGAUUGUUCAAUGAAAAGGGAAAGGAAAUCUUUGCCCUAAAAGACCUCCGAAGGGACGAAUUGGUAUAUGUUUCAUGUGGAGAACAUUGGAUCAGUCCUGAUGUGUCCGUUGCUCAGCAAAAGAAGCAAAUCUUCCUGAGGAACUUAGCAUCAGAUAUUUCUAAAAUUCAAACUUUCUGCAGCAUACAUAAGAUAGAGGCUCUUGUUUUAGAAGUGCAAAGUGACAUUGUGUCUGGAGCCAAGCUUGCUGUGCAUAAACCUGUAGCAAUUUUUGGAGAAGAAAAGCAAAUUAUGGGACCAAAGGAAAAGCAAAUGGAAAAAAAUGCUUUAACAAUGGAAAAUGCUUCCAGUGAAAUUCUAGAUUCACAUGCAAGAGCCCAUCUUCGAAUGAAAGCUUGUCACACACUUCCCAGAUAUGCCUGGCAGGAAACUCCUCAUGACUUUGAUGAGGAUGACAGUCUUACAAAGAAAAUGGAAGAAGAACUCUUUGAAAAUGUGGAACCACAGAAGAAAUACAGCUAUUCUCCAAAGCAGAAUAAAUUGCAGAAGCUUUGCCACCAGCAGUUUGAAUACAGAGAUGAGCAAAUUAUAUGCCAUGCUGCUCCUCAGUUAGUUUUGGGAGUAAGAGGUCCUGAUCUGCGUUCAGACACGGAGGUAGUUUUGGUGGAGAAAAAAGUGGGUGACAGUCAUCAACGAUGGAUGCACAAGGAAGGCAGCAGGACCUUUCACCUGGUGAGUAACCCGGACCUUGUGCUGGCAGUGUCUAUGACCAAAGCAAGAAAUGAAGUCUGUGGCUAUCCAGUUAUUGUUCAGCAAUAUAAACCUUAUAACAAUGGGACUUCCAAUCAAAAGUGGAAUUACAUGGAAAAUAUCAAAGCUUUCAUGGCCUUUCAUAGCACUGCACUUGAUAAGGAAAUCACAGCAGCAAAUUAUGCUGGUAUUUGUACAUCCUCUGUGAUUAAAGAGGAAAACAUUGAUCAACCAGGAUACUAUUAUCUCUCACCCACUGGAAAGAGGAAAAUUGUGCUCUGCUUGGCGUGUGGACGAUCCAUGAGAGCAGAGAAGGGGCUGAAGCAGUCGCUUCCAGGGCUGCCAUUCCUCUGUGCCUCUGGCUCCAAGACCCAGGAGCCCUUCUCACGAGGGCCUUUCAAGGUCAUCAGUGUGGCAAAGGCUGAUUUAUCUUCUUAUGAGGCUGAGAAAACGCUAAGUUAUUAUGAAGAACGUCUAUUAUCUUUACGGAUGAAGACCUGCACACAAGUCGUAUCUCAUGGUGGUCUAGCAGCUAUGCACCAGAAGGCAGUGAAAAUAAUUGCAUACAAAAAUGGAGAUGGGUAUCGAAAUGGAAAGUUAAUUGUGGCUGAAACAUUCCCCACACUUCUUACAGAAUGUACGGAGCAACUUGGUCUUGCCAGAGCAGCAUCCAAAGUUUAUACCAAAGAUGGAACCACAGUCCUUUCCUUACGUGACUUGGUUUUAUGGGCUCUGGAUGAAUCUUUCAUCCAGAGAAACGCUGAGGAACCAAAGAAAGAGGCAGCCUCUGUUGGGACGAAAGAAGCAACUAUUAAAAAAAACCCAAGAACAAAAGAGAAAACCACAUUAUUUCCAAAGUCUGUGACAUCUGAUAGUUUGGAUGGUGUAGAUAAGUCUUUGCUCACCCUCAUCCUCAGAAAUCCCAUUGCCAUCUGGGUAUCUUGUGGUGAACCAUUUCUAUCUCCAAAUGCUUUGCAGAAAGUAGAAAAAUUAGAAAAACAGAACUGGCUAAGAAAGGACAAAAUUUUGGCUGAUCUAGACACCAUGAAACACAAAAUGAGACAGUUAAAAGGGCGGCGAGUAGCAGCGUGUCAGCCAGCCGCCAUGGUUCCCAACAAAAACCCUGUGCAGCCGGUGGUGAUGGAAGGAGGAUGGACCGAGAAGACUCAAGAGGAAAUUAAACUCAUGGAGCUCAUAAGACAUACAGAGGAGCACCUUUCUGCAGUUCAAGAACUGCAAUCCAAAAGAAAUUCUACAGUUGAAACUAAACGUAUAGCACUCGUUCAGAGCAGGCUGUACAAGCAGCCCAAUGCAAAACGAGUCUGGAUUUAUCCAAAUGGAGGCAGACCUGAAGAUGGUACUUACGCCUGGGGCAAAACUAUUUCAGAGCUGCUGGAUGACUGUUCCUCUCGUCUCAAAAUGGUCCACCCAGCCAGAACACUGCACACCCCAGAUGGAGAACCAAUUUACUCGUGGGAUGACAUAGAGAGAGACAUGGUCAUCUGUGUAUCCACAGGACGUGGCUUUAUAACCCAAAAGAAAUUAAAGCAACUGAUGGAGAUCAGAGCAAAUUAUGCCAGAAUCCGAAGGCAGCAGGGCCCUCAAGCCACAAACAUUGUGGUGUCAAGAUCUGAAAAGCUGCAAUUUCCGUUUCCCUUCAGUUUGGCCUGUGGUAGCAAGCAGCAGUCUUUAUGCGCACAGCUACAUGUUGUUCACAAAAAUGAAGCUGGCUAUUCCAGACUAAGCUCAGUAACCGAAAGCCGUAGACUGUCCUCAGUCCUCAGUCCUCAGAACUUAGAGAAAGGUUGUAUGCACUGUUAA